ACAAGGGUGUAUUGAGCCCAAAUAUCGGCCCAAGUUCCAACCAUACUUCUCAGACUCACCUCCCUGGCAACCUCUUGCCGCGGUCUAUAUAUUUAUAAUAUAUGUGGGUGGAGUAGACGGCUAUGGAGGUUGCUGUCAUCUUCUUUAAUACUCUCGGCGUCGCGGACAUUGCUUGGUGUUUGUCGUUGCUGUUGUUUCAUUAGCCGUCUCUCUUGAAUUGUCACAGCAAGUUAGCUUGAUUUUCUUAGCAAGCAAAUCUUGCAAAUAUGUCUACUAGAGGAGGCUGAGGUUGAUACAACAAUUCUACUUGAAGGGAUUCAAGAGGCAAUUUCAGAGGUCAUAAAGGUGAUUAUCUUGGUCGUGGCAAUUCAAAUGAAAUUGGACGAGGUACUAAACCCACCCACCUGUCAACUCUGUGGACGCACAGGACGCACUGUUCAGAAGCAAUUUCAUCAUUUUGACAUCAAUUUUCAUGGUCGAGAAGCCACUUUCAGCACACCAUCUCCUCCUUAGAAUCCACCACAAGCCCUGGGUGCUUCACAAACCAAUGACGCUAGUUAAGAUGCUUGGUUUCUUGAUAUUGGAACCACUCAUCAUCUAACUGUAGACCCAAACAAUCUUGCUUCAAGAACUGACUAUAAAGGCAAGGGUAAGGUGAUUGUAGGUCAGUCAUCUCCAGAAUUAUAAGGAAACAUAUCUUUGGUAGCAUGGAUGAGCAAAAGUUUGCUGACAAUCCUCAGUUGAAGCCGUCCGUAAUUCUCACUGGAACUGCAAAGCAAGGUAGCGCUGGGCCUUCAGUUGGUCUUGUUGAUGUUGGUGAGAGUGAAGGUGCUUACCUUUUCAGAGUUGCACUUCCUGGUAUCAGGAAAGAUCAAAGCAACAUAAAAUGUGAGAUUCAACGGGAUGGAAGAGUCCAUAUUGAAGGGGUGAUAAAUGAUGUAAGCCUUUUGAAGGAUUCACCAACUGUGUACCAUAUGAAAGUUCAGCAACUCUGUCCUCCUGGACCGUUUACCAUUUCGUUUAGCCUGCCAGGUCCUGUUGAUCCCCGUUUGUUUUCUCCUAGUUUUCGACCUGAUGGUAUAUUGGAAGUGGUGGUUAUGAAGCACAGAAUAAUACCUCCAGAAGAACUUCCAUGAACAUUUUGUAGUUUGUAGUUUUCAUGAACCUCCACAAGAAUAAUACCUCUCUCCCUCUCUUAGAAAAUAAGUUUGUAGUUUUUUCUAGAACUUCUUUUAUUAUAGCCAAGUUGCAAAGACUACUGUAUAUAAAUAUAUAAGAAAAGGAUUGCUGCACUUUAUCAA